CCGGGAGGAGACCGCCAGGACCAAGCGCGAGAACGAGAGCCUGCGGAGGCAGCUGCGGGACAUCCUGCUGCUGGAGGCCGAGACGGAGUGGCUGAGUAAGGGCCGAGCUAGUCUGCUAGCCCCGAGUCUAACUGUGAAAGAACAACGUUCCAAACCGCUUUGAUAAAUAAGUGCGGUUUAGUCUUUCAAAGGAAAUUUACGUUAAUACCGGCGAAAAUACGGACUUCAAAAUCUUUACGUGUAGUCAUGACGCCGGUUUUCAAUUCGGCACCCGCGACAUCAGCCCACUCGGUUCAGAUUUUAUGACAAAUGUGACUUUUCGUAGCAGUUUCUCUAUUACUUCCUCUUUUCCCCUUCAAACCGCAGAGGAGGGUCCGAAAACUGUUGACAUUAUUAAAAGGUCGACCAGGUCCAGUCUUGGUUUUGCGUCUCCUGAGCAGCAACCCCGUGAUCCAGAACUGAGGCCCCGCUCAGAGGAGCCAGACUCCACCCUUAACCAGCCCAGACAGCCAGCAGCUAACACAGCCAAGCCAACUCAUGAGCAAGUUGUUUCUGUGCAGCUACUGUCGGUCCAGAGUGAGAUGCCACCAGGGCCGACCCUCCUGCCAGGGGACAAGAAGCCUGCUGAGCCCUGGGAACCAGUACCGAAGCGGGACCCUCAGAAGGAGGCAUUUGGGAAAGUUUCACCUCUUCCUUCUCACUCCUCCCGAAGUCCUCCCUCUGCCUCGGGCCCUAAAAUCCACAUUGAAGUUCCUGCACUCAGAGAGAAGCCCAGGGCCUCGGCUCCUGCUGUGAUAAAAAGUGAACCCGAGGAAUACAAAGUGAGUGAACCUGAAGGUCACACAGACUCCCUGACAGCAACUCACGUCUCACAGGAACACUCAGAUGUCAGGAACAGGACAGUGGUGGUACGUGCAGACCGACAUGAAGCUCAUCAAAACAAGAAGUCCUGUCAGGACGAGGUCACAGCUGAUGAUGUCACAGCAGCUGGUUACAUCCCUGAGCUUGUCCAUCGCUGCCCCCGCUGUGGAGAGGCAUUCGGCCAGGCCAGUAGCCUCCGCCUCCACCUGGAACAGAAGAGAAAGACGUACGCCUGCGACUGGUGCUGUAAAUCCUUCGCGCAGUCGGCGGACCUGCGACGUCACCUGCGCACGCACACAGGUGAGAGGCCGCACCGAUGCACAUUCUGCUCUAAGAGCUUCAGCCAGAGAGGAAACCUACGGCGACACCUGCGCAUUCACACAGGGGAGCGGCCAUACAGCUGCCCGUACUGCUGCCGCACCUUCAGCGAUGGAGACACCAUGAAGAAACACAAGCGCACACAUUCAGGAGAGAAACCAUACCGCUGCGUCCAAUGCUCCAAGACCUUCACCAGCGCCAGCGGCCUGCAGAUACACUUAAAGAAGGACAUGUGCUUUGUGGCCAACACCUGACUGGUCAGUUCAGGCUAAAGGAGAGUAAGAGGCUAUAAAGCAUUCCCACAAAGACACAUCACUCAGUGUAAAUGCUUAUUCUAAUAAUAGAAUGUGACCGUCACAAGCCAGCAGGGUUCAAUAUAUACAUAUAUAUAAAUUAGGGCUGCCACGAUUAGUCGACUAAUCGAUGACUUAUCGACUAUUA